AUGGAGAACCGGCCUGGGUCCUUCCAGUACGUCCCUGUGCAGCUGCAAGGGGGGGCGCCUUGGGGCUUCACCCUUAAGGGGGGUCUGGAACACUGUGAGCCGCUCACAGUGUCUAAGAUUGAAGAUGGAGGCAAGGCAGCCUUGUCCCAGAAGAUGAGGACUGGUGAUGAGCUGGUGAAUAUCAAUGGCACUCCACUGUAUGGCUCCCGCCAAGAGGCCCUCAUCCUCAUCAAAGGCUCCUUCCGGAUCCUCAAGCUGAUUGUCAGGAGGAGAAACACCCCUGUCAGUAGGCCGCACUCAUGGCAUGUGGCCAAGCUACUGGAGGGAUGCCCUGAAGUGGCCACCACCAUGCAUUUCCCUUCUGAAGCCUUCAGCUUGUCCUGGCAUUCCGGCUACAGCACAAGUGACGUGUGUGUGCAGUGGUGUCCACUGUCCCGACACUGCAGCACCGAGAAAAGCAGCUCCAUUGGCAGCAUGGAGAGCCUGGAGCAACCAGGUCAAGCUACCUGUGAGGGCCACCUCUUGCCCAUUGACCAGAACAUGUACCCCAGCCAGCGUGAUUCAGCUUACAGCUCCUUCUCAGCCAGCUCAAAUGCCUCUGACUGUGCCCUUUCCCUCAGGCCAGAGGAGCCAGCCCCGGCGGACUACAUUGCUCAAGGCCCAGGGCCAACUAAGGCCCCCAAUGGCCAGUCUAAUGUGUCUGAGACCUCAGGAGGUAGCCGAUGCACCAAUGGGGGCCACCUGACCACCAGCUCCCAGAUAUCAUCCCACCCACAGGAGGGCCACCACUCAGGGCCUGCCAAAGUGGCCAAGGGCCCACCACAACCUCCGGUAAGGCUGGACAGCCUUCAGUCCUCCAGAGCCCACCUCCUCAAUGGAGAGCAGCGCAGGGCAUCUGAACCUGUGGAGUCCUUGCAACAGAAGGAUAAACCGAGCUUAGAGACAGUGCUAUCCUCAAGGAACCCUAACAGGUUCUGCUGCCUCAGUGGACAAGACCAAGUGACAGGCGAGGGCCAUCAGAACUGUGAGCUCAGCCAGCCUCCCGAAUUCAGCCAGCAGGGCUCAGAGCAGCCACUGAUGGAGACCUCGGCCAAAGCUGUUGGAUCCCCAAAAUCCUGUGACAAAGCUUCCAGCAUGGAUUGCAACUCAUUCAACAAGGCUUCAGCAGAGCUAGCUAAGGCUUCUUCUUUUGGAAGCCCUGCACACCUCACGGGACCCACAGGGCAUCGCCAUAGUGCCCCUGAACAGCUGCUGGCAUCCCACCUGCAGCAAGUACACCUUGAUACUAGGGGCAGCAAAAGGAAGGAGCUCCCAGUGGGGCAGGAUGGGCACCAGUGGACUCUGUCCCCUUUGCAUAGCAGCCACAAAGGGAAGAAAAGUCCAUUUCCCCCUACAGGAGGAACCCAGGACCAGCCCAUCAAAGAAAGGAAGACCAGGCCAGUGGAUGAUAAACCUCUGGGUUCGGGACACAAGAGCCAAAGCAGUUGCCUACAUGGAGAGGCUGAUGGCCACCCUCCAGAAAGAGGCUUCCUGGACCCAAACAGAGUAAGCAGAGCAGGCAGUGAGUCGGCCAGCCAGCAGCCCUCUGCCUCUGGUUCCGUCAUUGAACAAAUCAGGGACUGUUCUUCAACCACUAAAGUAGCUGGCUGUAUAAAGGCAACUGAAGAAGGUGACAAUGAGCCCAAGGAGUAUGGCCAGAUGGGUGGUAGGCGUAGUGGAGGGACCCGGGGCCGCUCAAUCCAAAACCGCCGGAAGAGUGAGCGUUUUGCUACCAAUUUGCGUAAUGAAAUUCAGAGGAGGAAGGCCCAGCUUCAGAAAAGCAAGGGUCCCUUGCUACAGCUGUGUGACACGAAGGAGCCAGGGGAAGAGAUCCAGGAGCCCCCAGAAAGUCCUCCACUCUCUGCCCCUAACUCAUCUCUUCUAUCGUCAUAUAAAAAACCCCCUAGCCCCAGAAAUAAGUUCUUCAGCAAAAGUGUGAUCCUCAGGGCUAGGUCUUCAGAGUGCCUCAGCCAAGCUCCUGAGAGCAAUGAAUCUAGGACAGGCUUGAAUGGACAAAUAAGCCCUGGCCAGAGGCCUAGCCAUUCCUCUUCGAGCCUGAGCACCUGGUGGAAAACAUCUGAUCCAUCAUCCUCAGACUCUGAGAAAGCAAAUGCUCACCGUGGAGUCCGUGGAGGUCAUUGGAGAUGGUCUCCAGAGUAUAACCCACAGCCACAUGUGGUACUAGCCAUGGAAGACCCUUCCAGCCCAGGUGACAACCAGGAAUUGAAGUCUUCUAUUGCCCAAGCUGAGGAGGAAGCCAUUCUCUUGCCCUUUGCAGACAGAAGAAAGUUCUUUGAAGAGAGUAGCAAAUCUUUGUCUACAUCUCGUUUGCCAGGUUUAACCACUAAGAGCAACAAGACUUUUACCCAGAGACCAAAACCUAUAGACCAAAACUUUCAGCCAGUAAGCACCAGCUGUAAGGAAUUGAGGCGCCAUCCCAUGGAUCAAUCAUAUCAUUCCACAGACCAACCAUAUCAUGCCACAGACCAAUCAUAUCAUUCCAUGUCACCCCUUCAGUCAGAAACGCCCACAUACUCAGAAUGCUUUGCAAGCAAAGGUCUAGAAAAUUCCAUGUGUUGUAAGCCACUGCACUGUGGUGAUUUUGAUUACCACAGGACCUGCUCUUACUCCUGCAGUGUCCAGGGAGCUGUAGUCCAUGACCCUUGCAUUUAUUGUUCUGGGGAAAUCUGCCCUGCCUUGCUAAAGAGAAAUAUGAUGCCAAACUGCUACAACUGCCGGUGCCACCACCACCAGUGUAUCCGGUGUUCAGCUUGCUAUCAUAAUCCUCAGCACAGUACCCUUGAGGACAGCAGCUUGGCCACUGGCAACCAUUGGAAACCCAGGAAGCCAAUAGUGCAGGAAUUUCCUGAGGACAAAUGGAAACCAAUAACAGGAAACAGGAAGACCAGCCAGUCAGGGAGGGAAAUGGCUCAUUCCAAGGAUAGCUUUUCAUGGGCAACCCCCUUCCAUCCUUGCCUUGAGAACCCAGCGCUGGAUUUGUCAAACUACCGAGCAAUUUCUUCUCUUGACCUUCUUGGAGACUUCAAACACGCCUUGAAAAACAAUGAGGAAACUUCAGUUUAUGAGGAGGGGAGCUCCUUUGCCUCCAUGCCCCAUCCAUUGCGCAGCCGUGCCUUUUCUGAGAGUCACAUCAGCUUGGAGUCCCAGAGCACCCAGGCCUGGGGACAGCAUCGGAGAGAGCUCUUUACCAAAGGUGAUGAAACCCAGCCAGAUCCUCUGGGAGCCAAGAAGAAGGCCUUUCCUCCUCCUCGCCCUCCUCCUCCCAACUGGGAGAAGUACAGGCUCUUCCGUGCACAGCAACAGCAACAGCAGCAGCAGCAACAGCAGCAGCAGCAGGAGGAGGAGGAGGAGGAAGGAGAGGAUGGAGAGGAAGAGGAAGAGGAGGAGGAGGAGGAGGGAGAGGAGGAGGAAGAGGAGCUGCCUCCUCAGUAUUUUAGUUCAGAAACCAGUGGUUCCUGUGCCCUCAAUCCUGAGGAGGUCCUGGAGAAGCCGCAACCCCUGAGCCUUGACCACCUGGAGGCCUCAAGGCCAGAUUCACAAAGCCUCCUGGCAGAGCAAGAGUCCUUUGCUCUCCAUGCCAGUGAUUUCCUACCUCCAGUAAGGGACCACUUGGGAUCUCAUACUGAGCAGGCUCAGCCCCCUUGCUAUUAUGGCAUCAGAGGGCUUUGGAGGACAUCAGAGCAGAAGGCCACUGAUUCCCCCAAACAAGAGUUUCAGCACUUCUCGCCUCUUCCAGGGGCCCCGGGAAUCCCUAACUCUUACUCAGCUUAUUACAGUAUUUCUGUGGCCAAAGCAGAGCUGUUGAACAAAUUGAAAGACCAACCUGAGAUGGCAGAGAUUGGCCUGGGAGAGGAGGAAGUUGACAACGAACUGGCUCAAAAAAAGAUACAGCUUAUUGAGAGCAUUGGCAGAAAACUUUCUGUCCUGCGGGAAGCCCAACGAGGGCUGCUGGAGGACAUCAAUGCCAAUUCUGCCCUUGGGGAGGAAGUGGAGGCCAAUUUAAAAUCUGUCUGCAAAUCCAAUGAGUUUGAAAAAUAUCGCUUGUUUAUUGGGGACCUGGACAAAGUGGUCAACCUGUUGCUGUCACUCUCUGGACGACUGGCCCGGGUGGAGAAUGCUCUCAACAGCGUCGACUCAGAGGCCAACCAGGAGAAGCUGGUGCUGAUAGAGAAGAAGCAGCAGCUCACGGGGCAGUUGGCAGAUGCCAAGGAGCUGAAGGAGCAUGUGGACGGCCGGGAGAAGUUGGUGUUUGGCAUGGUCUCCCGCUACCUGCCUCAGGACCAGCUCCAAGAUUACCAGCACUUUGUCAAGAUGAAGUCUGCUCUCAUCAUUGAACAGCGAGAGUUGGAGGAGAAGAUCAAGCUCGGGGAAGAGCAGCUUAAAUGUCUCAGGGAGAGCCUACUCCUGGGGCCCAGCAAUUUCUAA